CUCAGUUCCCCGCCUCCGCGGCCCCAGGCCGACCUCCGGAUCGCGCCCGCCGCCGCGCAUCCCGGAAGCUCUCCCUGCCAGGAGCUCUCACCCCAAGACUGUUCUCUCCCUCCUCCUCCAACUCCUCGGAGCCCAGAUCCGACAUGGUCUCCUCUUUGCUUCGAUUCUGGGCGCCACGUCGCUAGCCGAGCCAGCACCGCCCCGCUGCAAGAGGAGGAGCAGGAGGGCCGAGGCCAGCGGGGCAUCUCCUCACGCUGCACCGUAACCCACCCAUGAGGCAGCUCCAGUUGUGACCACAGCAGCCCGGCCAGUGGCAACCUCAAUGGCUCGACUCCCUGCUGGCAUCCGCUUCAUUGUCUCUUUCUCCAGGGAUCAGUGGUACCGAGCCUUCAUCUUCUCGCUGACGUAUCUGCUCUAUGCCAGUUUCCACCUGUCCCGGAAGCCCAUCAGCAUCGUUAAGGGUGAGUUACACAAGCACUGCACUGCUGGGGAUGAGGCUGAGCCGAAGCUCCAUGACCAGAGCGACAGCACGGGGCUUGCCACCCUGCACCAGCUCCAGGACAACAAGAGCGACUGCGGCUGGGCACCAUUCGAUAAGGACAACUACCAGCAGCUACUCGGGGCGCUGGACUACUCCUUCCUAUGUGCCUACGCCGUGGGGAUGUACCUCAGCGGCAUAAUAGGGGAGCGCCUGCCCAUCAGGUACUACCUGACUUUUGGGAUGCUCGCCAGCGGAGCCUUUACUGCCCUGUUUGGGCUGGGCUAUUUCUACGAUAUCCACAGUUUGGGGUUCUACGUGGUCACUCAGGUCAUCAACGGACUGGUGCAGACCACUGGCUGGCCCAGCGUGGUCACCUGCCUCAGCAACUGGUUUGGGAAAGGAAGGCGGGGUCUGAUCAUGGGGGUCUGGAACUCCCACACCUCCGUGGGCAACAUUCUGGGCUCCUUGAUUGCUGGUUACUGGGUGUCCACGUGCUGGGGCCUGUCCUUCGUCGUCCCUGGGGCCAUCGUGGCCACCAUGGGGCUGGUGUGCUUUCUCUUCCUCAUCGAACACCCCAAGGACAUCCGCUGCCCCUCCACCCUGACCACGCAUCCAAAAGCCUACGAGAAUGGUACAAACAAAUUUAGAAUCCAGAAGCCAGCGUCCCUCGGUGAAAAGAGCAGGGCCCUGGACCCAGAGAUGCAGUGCUUGCUGCUGCAGGCAGAUGGGAAGACGCCCAUCCACCCAAGCCACAUCAUCGUCCUCCCGGGGGACAGCGGCAGCGGCAUGGCCAUCAGCUUCACGGGCGCCUUGAGGAUCCCGGGCGUGAUAGAGUUCUCCCUGUGCCUGCUCUUCGCCAAGCUGGUCAGCUACACCUUCCUCUUCUGGCUUCCGCUCUACAUCACCAGCGUAGAUCACCUCGAUGCCCAGAGGGCGGGUGAGCUCUCCACGCUGUUCGACGUGGGCGGGCUCUUUGGUGGGAUCCUGGCAGGGGUCAUCUCCGACCGGCUGGAGAAGCGGGCCUCCACCUGUGGCCUGAUGCUGCUGCUUGCCGCGCCCACGCUAUACGUGUUCUCUGCUGUCAGCAGGAUGGGCCUGGAAGCCACCAUCGCCAUGCUGCUGCUCAGCGGGGCACUGGUCAGCGGGCCUUACGCACUCAUCACCACUGCUGUCUCUGCUGACCUGGGCACGCAUAAAAGCCUGAAAGGAAACUCCCACGCCCUCUCAACAGUGACAGCCAUCAUCGAUGGGACGGGCUCUGUAGGAGCUGCGCUGGGCCCCUUGCUGGCCGGGCUCAUCUCACCGACGGGAUGGAGCAAUGUGUUUUACAUGUUGAUGUUUGCAGACGCCUGUGCCUUACUGUUCCUGGUCCGCCUCAUCCUCAAGGAGCUGAGCUGUCCAGGGCCAGCAGCGGGGAGCCAAGCUCAGCUGAAGGAACACUGACCUCGCGUCCUGUGGAGGAGCUCGGCCUGUCCUUCACAAACUGUCCUUUGCGCUACACCAAACCAAGGAUCCUCCCCUGCCUAGAAUGACACAGAACCAGAACCAAGCUGGGAACUCUGGUUCAGGUUAAGCAGACAGCACCCAGGACAGUGGCGGGCAUCAUAAGGCCACUGUGACUGCAUUGCUGAGCCCCAGCAUGGCAGCCAUGCAUCCCUCGGUCACUCUGACACAGCAUGUGACAGUGUGGAGGUGACCCAUGCCCCUAGGCAGCUUUCCCUGUCAGGUAUCCUGGCCAUCGAAUCCUUCCCUGAGAGCCUGCACCUGCUGAGGGAGGGGAAGGACAUGGGCACAAGGACAGGCCAGCUCCACAUGGUGCUGCAAAUCCCGGGCACUGGUCAGAUACCGACACAGACCCAGGAGUCACCGGGGCUUCUCAGCUCAUCUGUGCCCAGUGCUGACUGGGAGCCCGCAGGUGCUCAGCGGGGAACAACUGUGGAGUAGUGAGCUUCCACCGUCCAGGGCUGGCCACACUGCACGCUCCAAGUCAGGGGUCCAGGAGGUCCAGACAGGGCCCAGGGCUGCCUGCAAGAUGCCCGCCAGCACCCAGGACAUUCCCAGACAUGGAGCCAUGGGGGGUUAUUUAUUUAAAAUGCAUUUUGUGUUGCAUAAGACAUGUCAGUGGCAUUUUGUUAUUUAUUAAGACAAAUUGCAGUAGCUCUCUAGUCAUUUGUUUUUUGGGCUUGGAUCUAUCAAAAUACUUAUCUGCCCUUUAAAAUAAAAUGCGUUUUAGAAAAAAAAAUUUUCCAAGCAAAAUAUGCGGAAAAUAUCGGUCGUUUCUGCUCCUCUGUGACUUUGGUAUCCCGGGAUGGGUUGCUCAGGAGUCUGGGGAGAAUGGGGUCCCUACUCUCAGGGCUAUUCCUCAGCAGAGGCUCAACCAGGGCCCCAGCACGCUGGGCAUCUGGAGAUGUGGUCCAUGGAUCACGCUACCUGAAGGCCACCCUCGGGGUAGGAGGGGCCCUGGGAGCUGUAGGCGCGGCCCAGACUCAGUGCCCCACGUUUGCACCAUCUCCGAGGGCAGCCACUGUGCUCUGAAUAGAACCUGGCCACUCUGACUCUGUGGGCCAGCAGCAUGGCUGUCCAUCCGGCUCUGGCUUUCUUCUGUGUGGGAAGCCGCCUAUGAUGGCGCCCAUUUCCUGCUUCCGGGUUCUUCCCGGCCUGAACAAGCCCGCCAAAUUGUCAUAUCUGCCCAGUUACCCGUGACGCUAGCCUAUCAGCUUGUUAGGCGCGCUUCUCUGUGAUUGGAUACUGCUUCCCCUUAUAAGAGGUUGUUCCUGCCCCCAACGGGCGGAAGAGGAACCAACGUUGAGGGUGGCGGACCUUGUUAGGUCCGGUUCGCUGUACGCAAUAAAGUUUGAGAGCUGA